CUGUAUAGCCUUGUGUGAUCAAGUGUUGUGUUGCCAUUACAACAACAACAGGUCUAUAAGAAGAAUGAAAUGAAUCGUUUUCAAUGGGGAGAUACCAACCUCUCGCUUGGUGAAGACAGUUUGACCAACCAGACUGGCAUUGCUCUGUAUGAUGGAGAAAGUAAGACAAAUUUUGAGGGAGGAGUGGCAAACAUUACCAGUCAUAGACUUGUAUGGAAAGAACAGUAUGGCAGAACAACCUGCUUGAGCCUUCCACUGUCAUUAGUACAACGACUUGAGGAACAAGCUUCAGGUUUUGCAAAGAGUGCGAAGAUAGUAGUUCAUCUGUCCUCACCAGUCUCAGGACAGCAGGCCGGUCCUGCAUCUAGCAGCAAGUACGACUACAUUCGUCUGUCAUUCAGAGACGGCGGCCAGCAAGAGUUCUUAAGGUACCUUGUCCAGGCAUUGCGGGAAAAGAAAUGGGAAAAGAAAUAUGUGCCCCCAGCCCCCCCUGGCGCCCCACCUGGUGCUGUUGCUGGUCGCCACCGCCCAGGGAUAGUGGGUAUUGAGAGAUCCAUUCAGCAGAAGCAGCAACAGACCGAUACCUCCAUCGAUCAGUCCUUCCAAGACCUCAAGAAGCUAAUGGAGAAAGCUCAGGAAAUGGUGUCUUUGUCCAAGUCCAUAGUGACAAAGAUCAGGGACAAGCAAGGGGAGAUAACCGAGGAUGAGGUAAGAGACAAGCAAGGGGAGAUAACCGAGGAUGAGGUAAGAGACAAGCAAGGGGAGAUAACCGAGGAUGAGGUAAGAGACAAGCAAGGGGAGAUAACCGAGGAUGAGGUAAGAGACAAGCAAGGGGAGAUAACCGAGGAUGAGACAAUCAAGUUCAAGUCGUACCUGCUGAGCAUGGGUAUCCCCAACCCAGUCACCAAGGAGACCCAUGGAACAGGGGAUAAGUACUACAGGGAGCUGGCCAAGGAACUCGCUUCUGUGCUCGAGAAACCUAUCAAGGACUGCGGUGGUAUGAUGACUAUGACUGAUGUAUACUGCAGAGUAAAUAGAGCCAGGGGGAUGGAGUUGAUAUCCCCGGAGGACCUGUUGAAUGCCUGUGAAACAUUUGAGGAGCUCAGACUUCCAAUCAAGCUUCGUAGGUUUGAGAGUGGGGUGAUGGUUUUGCAGUCUAGUACACACAGUGAAGAAGAGGUUAUUAAAAAAACUACAGAAGUUGUUGAAAGCAAAGGAUCCUUAACAGCUGAAGAACUUGCACAAAACAUUGGUCUUUCUGUGAUACUUGCCAAGGAAAGAUUGCUGCUUACAGAAAGAGUGGGAGGGGUGUGUAGAGACGACAGUGAGGAAGGCUUGAGGUUUUAUCCCAACCUAUUACUCACCAAGACCUGAUUUGGAUCUACUGAACUUUCAAUAUGAACCAUGCUCUGUGAAAGAGGGUUAAUGCAUGUGCUUAAAGUGUAGUCCCAGAUAAGCCUGUGCAGUCUGCACAGGCUAAUCAUGGACAACACUUUCCGCCUAAACUGCAUUAUUGCCAAGAAGUAACUUUCUUUUAACGAAAAAUAUCAUAAAAGCAGACUGCACAGGCUAAUCUGGGACAAAACAUUACGCACAUGUAUAAUACCCCCUUUUCACAGAACACAGCUCAUACGUUUUUGUUUUGACAAAGUGAGGACUAACUAUAUAAUGAAGACAAUUCUGUACUAUUUACUUCCACUUGCAUUGACGAAAAUGUCUUAUUGAAAACGUCAUUCACAUAUACAAAGAAAAACAAGGGCUCAAAUGAAUGAAAGUCCCGAAUCUGAAGCUAAAAAUAUUGGCCUAUUAGAAUGUCUGCCAAGGUUUAACUUUGGUUUUUAUUUGUUUACUAUUUCAAAAUGAGCUUAAAACUCUUCAUAGUGAGGACGGAGCGCUUUAGCAACUGGUUCAAUUACUCUCUUCUUUAAUUUUGUUUGUAUAGCUAUUGUUGUUUGUUAUCUCUCUGUUUAAUAUUUCAUCUAAUUGAUGUAUUAUUUUUUUCAUUUUAACUGUGACUAAAUUUGUAUGAUAUUUUGCAUUCUCUGUUGAAAUCUUUAUAAUAAAAUUGAAAGGAU